CUCAAACCUCUCGGCUGCUGUUGCUAUGGUUACGCGUUCACAAGUCUAAACAAGACUUCCGUGUUUCUUCAAGUACAUUCUCCGUAACUUUUUCUGUUGGUUUAUCAGCAUGACUUUACAAGACAGCAACGAUUUCGAAAGGUUUUUGAGGAAUGUUGACCAAAUAAAUGAGCUGGUGAAGGGGUUAAAAUCCAGCGAUGUGUCUUGUCAGGAGGAAGCUUUGGAAAAAGCAGAUCAAUUAAUCGCCUCUCUGGAACUGAAGGAAGCAUGUAAAACCAAAAUCAAUAAGAAUGUUAUAAACACAAAUCCCUCAUCUGAAAUUAGGCCACUGAGCAUCCAGGAUGACUCGAGCCAAAAUCCAGAGAACUUCAUGAGACUAUUAGAAAAAGAUGCUGAGGAGAGACGACACAGACGGAAGAUGAACGAGGACAAGGCUGACGCGUUAAGGGAAAAGGGGAAUGUAGCGUUCGCUCGAGGUGACUACGAAACAGCUGUUAGGUUUUACAGCGAAGGAUUGGACCAGCUGCGAGACGUGCAGACGCUCUACACAAACAGAGCUCAGGCCUUUAUCAAACUGAAGAGAUAUAAGGAUGCCAUAAGUGACUGCGAGUGGGCUUUGAGGUGCAAUGGAAGAUGUGUUAAAGCAUACGUACACAUGGGAAAAUCAUACUUGGCGCUCAAAAACUUCUCAGAGUCUAGAAUAUGCUAUCAAAAGAUUUUAGAGAUAGAGCCACAGCGUGAGACCAUGGUCAAAGCCUAUAUGACCCAAGUGGAUACAGAAGAGAAGGCGGCUCUCCAGGAACAGGUGGCUUGGGAAGAGCUUCGAGAUGGAACAGAGCAGGCCACAGCAAUUCCAGAGCUACUGAAAAAGCUCAGCAGACCAAAUGAGAUCAAUCUUUACUACUGCGGUGGACUGGAGCUGCUCUCACGGGCUAUUAAAGACUGUACCGGGCAGACAUUAUUCAGAUUAAACAAUGGCUUCAGUGUCAUUAAUGGCAAUAACAUUGUAAGCAGCUGUCGUUCGCAGAAUUUAAAAGAACCAUGUGCGGUGGAUCUAUGCGUGUCUGUCAUCAAACUAUGGAGGACAGUUUGUGAUGGAAACGAGCCAAACCAGCUGAUGCUAAUGGAGUGUCCUGAUGCAAGAGAAUACAUUGUCCCGCUAUUGGCAUCACCGGUACAUGUCAUACAUUGGGAAUGCUUGGAAUUGCUCAGAAUAUACUCACAGACUCGGCACGGAUGGGAUUUGGUCAUCAACAACCUGGAUUUAUAUCGAACGGCAGAGGCCCUGAUGGGCCGCAUUCACCGGGAUACAAGCUCAGCCUCUGCGCUGGCUGUUCUAGAGAGCUUGGCUGCAGAAAACAAAUUUAAAAUUCAGUCGAGGGAAAACUUCAUAGCAAUAUUUGUCCUUCCUUUCGAGCAUCUGCUGGUGAUGUAUUACGUGUCUCAAAGCAUCAAUGGCUUCAAAAAUGAUCCACAUUUUUGGCAAGUGCUGUUUUUCCCACGCUUACUUAAAACUGUUUAUUUUCAGUCAAACAUUGGGACGACCAACCACGAGACGCUAGCCUCCUUAAUCUCCGUGAUCGGACGCUUGGCUCUGGAUGAUGUCAUUGGAGUAAAGCUGGCCAAUCGUUCCGAAUUUUGGAGAUGCUCUCUCCAAGCCACGGAGCGCCAGGUUGGCUGUGAAUGGAGAAGUGUCCUUUAUCCCCUCCUGGGUUUGAUGAUAAACGUAGCCUCACAUCCUUGUCAAGUGACCCAGGAACAUGCUGUUUUGGCCAGCAGCAGGUGCUUGGAACUGUUGAGCGAUUCCCAAGGAGGCAUCAUCACAAGAGCGGCAGGACUGCUGAGUGUUCUCCUCCCGACGUCUCGCGCCGCCACUCAGGAAGUCGUGCAGAACGGGAUAGUGAAGAGACUGCUGAAGAUUCUGAAGGUAAGAGGAGAGAUGAGCUCCAGAUAUUCCAUUAAAGCCCUGGCAGUCUGCACUGCGUCUAUCCCACAGGCCUGUGAGAAGCUGGUUAAGCUUGACAAGAGGCUGCACACCUUGAGAAAACUUCUUGGCAGUAUUGAUGAGGUGGUGGUGGGGAAUGCAGCUCUGUGUAUAGGCCAUUGCUUGGGAGCAGAUGAAGCUGCUAGUAACCUCCUGGGCACAGACUGCGUGUCACUGCUGCUACGCCAUGCUGCCGGGGACGCCAAGAGAACGGCCGUCCAGCAGAAUGCAGCCAUCACCCUUGGGAAGCUGUGCAAAGCAGAGCCCAGGCACAUGGCGAAACUCAGGGAGCUCCAUGGUUUAGAGAUCCUUCACUCCUGUGUGAGAUUAAUCACAUGAGCCUCUACCCUCGCUCGCUCGCUUCUUCAGUCGAUGACCUCAUAACUCAGGACAUGCAUGCAAACACACGCACACUCACUCACACACAGAAUGAAUGCUGCCCUUCGGUUCGCAGCUACGAUCUUAAGUGAGGUCACAAAUUACCCUCGUGCGUUAAGGCCUAUCUUGAUUAUGCAGCUGUUUUCAUUUUAAUUAGAGAGAAUCCACACUGACAUGUGACUCUGUUAUUUGCUGUUGUAGAGAACAUGUUGCCCCAGGACGAUAUUCACUGUUUCAGUUUCCCUUCAUCCUAAAUGACUCACUUGGGAAGUGUGCUCCUUUGAUUACACCGCUCUCUGUUGAUAAAUGGAUUAACGGCAGCUUUCAUGUGUUGAAUGGAAAUGAUUAAUAAAACUGCAU